CGCCUGGGGGGAGCUACAAUGGAUGUUACAGUUGUAUUGUGCUGUGCAGGAAUGUACACAGUGAAAGGCCAUGUGUAUAAAGCAAACUUCGGAGGGGACAAGUUCACAGAGAUACUGGCCAACUUUUUCGCCGAAAUAUUUCACGAAAAAUGGAAGCUGGAUCCAAAUGAUAGUCGAUGUGCUAUGGCUAAAUUGUACAACGCUGCAGAGCAGAGCAAACACAUUUUGUCCACAAUGAGUACAGCUGAUUGUUUUAUUGAGUCUUUGUGUGAAGGAACAGACUUUAGCUACAAUGUUACAAGAGCACGAUUUGAAGAGUUGAUUAGUGCAGCUGUGAAAAUGUGCACUGCCCCCAUAGAUGCAGCACUGAGCCAAGCAGGUAUCGAUUGCAGAGACAUAAACAAGGUGCUCCUGUGCGGUGGAUCUGCGAAAAUCCCAGUAAUUCAGCAAUCUGUGUCAGAAAUGUUUCCCAAUUCAGAGUUAUUAUGUAGUGUAAAUCCCGAUGAACUGAUUGCCCUGGGUGCUGCGAAGCAUGGUAGUUAUCUGAAAGAACCAUUUGACCCAGGUUGUGAUCAUCUAUCAUAUGAUAUCCCAGUUGUAACAAAAUCAAUUUUUAUGAAGGCAAACGAUGAUAAAGUGUUGGUUAUACCAGCACAGACACCUGUUCCGGUCAAAGUCACAAAGGGACUUCCAUUGACACUCUCAGGAGAGAGUAUAGAAGUUCAGGAUGUUGAAGCUAGAGAUGAUGAUGAUGAUGAUGAUGAUGAUGAUGAUGAUGAUACAGGGAGCUGUAGUUUUGGGAAAUCUGACGCUUGAUGAUGUGUCCGCUUCCAGCAGUUUAACUGCUGAAAUAAAUGUAAACAGUAUUGGAAGUUAGCAUGCAAGCAUAACUGAUACUGCAACAUAGAAGAAAUCUUCCUUUCGACGAGGUCCUCCGGCAUCAGAUGGACAAGAAUUCUCAAGGAAACUGGUUAAAAACCAUAAUUUAGGAAAACAAAAUUUAACAAUGUUGAUAUUGCCUGUGAUAUUAAAAUAAAAUGUUUUCAUAUACUUA